CCCUUCAAGAUUUUAAGGGAAAUUCCACAUAUUUUCAUCUGUCAAAUUAGUGAAUGCCAAUACAGCAUCCGCAUAACUGGUCGCACUCAUCACAAUUUAGUCCUACGAAUGAGCGCUUCCUUAACACGCGGACAAAGCGCUCGACUCGCGUUCGAUAUCUAAAAUUAAUUUGAAAAAUAUGUGAAACCAUUUUUAACAUUUUUUCAUAUGAAAUAAUAAAUGAAUUAACGUCGGCUAAUUGUAAAGAUGUUAAAAAUAGUUUUUGUGCAUUUUUUACUUCUAUUCGCAUACAGCAAUGCAACGCCUCCCGUCAGUUUUGAGGCAAAUCCAGAUACGAAGCGUCUUUAUGAUGACUUGCUGAGCAAUUACAAUCGCCUCAUACGUCCUGUCGUUAAUAACACUGAAACCCUGACAGUAUGGUUGGGCUUAAAGCUCUCCCAACUCAUCGAGGUCAAUUUACGAAACCAAGUGAUGACCACAAAUCUGUGGGUGAAGCAGCGUUGGUUCGAUUAUAAAUUGCGCUGGGACCCUGAGGAAUAUGGUGGUGUUGAACAACUUUAUGUGCCAUCCGAGCACAUUUGGGUGCCAGACAUAGUGCUCUACAACAACUGGGAUGGCAACUAUGAGGUAACACUCAUGACAAAGGCAACACUAAAAUACACUGGCGAAGUCUUUUGGGAGCCGCCGGCUAUCUACAAGUCAUCCUGCGAAAUGAAUGUCGAAUAUUUUCCGUACGAUGAGCAAAUCUGCUUCAUGAAAUUCGGUUCAUGGACAUACAAUGGUGCACAAGUGGAUUUGAAACAUUUAGAUCAGGUUCCUGGCAGUAAUCUCGUGCAAAUUGGAAUUGAUUUAAGUGAAUUUUACUUAUCCGUCGAAUGGGACAUACUCGAAGUUCCUGCAACUAAGAAUGAGGAAUAUUAUCCAGACACUUUGGAACCAUUUUCUGAUAUUAUUAAGCUUACCAUGCGUCGCAAAACACUUUUAACCGUUAAUUUAAUUGUACCAUGUGUAGCAUUGACAUUUCUCACGGUGUUGGUAUUUUAUUUACCCAGCGAUUCUGGCGAAAAGGUUACGUUAUGUAUUUCAAUUCUUGUCUCGUUGACUGUGUUCUUCUUGCUGUUGGCCGAAAUUAUUCCGCCAACAUCACUGGCAGUACCGUUGCUAGGCAAAUAUCUACUAUUUACAAUGAUCCUGGUCUCGUUGUCCGUAUGGACAACGGUAUGCGUAUUAAAUUUACACUUUAGGUGA